UGAUAUGGCUAAUUUGGAGACACCGCCGAAGAAAGCCCGAUUGGAGCCACAGACGUCACCAAAGUCGUCUGAGAAGGCGCGAGCUGAUUCGAAACCGCGAGCGAAGGAUUCGGAGGCUUCACGAUGUGACAAGGAAGAGCCAGUGGCAGAUCCUGACAUGACCGCCAUCAGCUUGGCACGCUCUCUCCGUGCAAAAUAUCCUGAUACUUUUGCAGAAUUGGACCGUUUGACGAAAGAAGCUAAGCUGUCACAGGCUGAAGGCAGUCGGAAAGGGUGCAUGCUGAAAGGAGAGAUGCCCAAAGAGUCUUUGACUUGCUCAAUAUGUAGUGUUGCAAAGCAUCACUGCGAAUGGAUGUAUAGGUCGGGCUACAAAGGUGCUCGGCGCUGCAAUGGUUCUAUUUGUAACACGUGCUUCAAGACUGCUCGCUACCUUGGUGUCAGUCGCUCGCCUAACCUGAUAAUUCAGUGUCGGGCUCGCGAUGUUUUUGUUACGCUCAGCACUUUUGUGCGCCAGAGCAAGGGAGUUGAGGAUGUGUGCCGGUGUCACCGAUGCCGUCCUGAUGAGAAGGACGAGUGAUAAUAAUACAUCACGAUGUUCUUGCGUGGGUAAUUGCAACUUCCUCGGCAGUACGUGCCUUGACAGGUUGCUGAGAACUUUCAGGGAGUAAAAGAUGUUUGGUCACAAAGUCGG